ACGAACCGCCGUGGGCAUCCAGCAGGAAGUCCCCGAUCCGUCUGUCGCCGCCGGGACUCGCGCAGUGUGAGGGCAGCGCCGUUCGCCCCCGACCCCCGUUUUAAUAGCGCGUGAUCCGUGGAGAGACAACGCAGCGUCUGCAGGUGAACGAGGGCGUGCGGCGAGCUAUGCCUCUCACACGAGCUCGCGGAGGGACGGACCAGGGAGGGGAGCCGUCGGGCGAUGAGCCCAGCGACGGCAGCAGCUGCUCGCAGAGCAGCGAGGGGUCGGCGCACGGCGGAGCCCCUGCCAUAGGCACGGAGCAGGGAGGGACUCCGGGGACCAGCGGCCCCAACAACUUGGUGCCAGAAGUGGGACGAACCCUCACAUCUUCACGGGAAGGUGGCGCGCUACUCCACGCAAAGGUAAGGCAUGUGUUCACCGGCCAGGGGACCCCUACAUGGAAAGCGUUUUCCCGUAAUAUCAUAGGGGCUAAAGAGCUUAAUGGCUGGUCGGACGCGCAGGCGUUGCGACAUCUUACGUUAAACUUAGACGGGCGGGCAGCCGACUUUGUAGAGGCACUACCCGAAAGCGCGCAAACCCAACUAGAAGAACUAAUGCGUAGAUUAGACCUGCGUUUCGGCACACGCAACGUGAUACGGGCGAAGACCGCCUUAGAGGCGCGCCGACGCCAAACUGGCGAGGACUUCCGAGACUACGCUGAGGACGUGCGAUCACUAACCCGGAUCGCCCGUCCAGAGUUCUCGAAGGAGGUCAUUGACGCGCUAGCUGCAGACAAGCUACUCAGGUACCUAGCUCGCACCGCGUGGUGGCAGCCCAAAAAGAGUAGCGCAGGCCUCCCUUUCGAUACCCUAGUCGAGCAAGCGCUGGAGUGUGAGGAGCUCUCCAGCGAACGCGCGCAGCUCCGAGGGUCGGGACAGGAGUACACCGUGGCGAGCCUGAUCCCUGACGAGGAGGAGGAUGAGGAUGAGCCCGCCAGCCCCAUGGGGAGACGGGCAAGAGAGGCCCAGAAACCCCGCGAGACAACCCCGGGUUGGGUAGCUGGGUUACAGACCGGCAUGGGAGAUAUUGCUGGCCGAGUAGACCGAAUGGACGGUAAGGUAACCCAAGUAGGGGAGAGGGUAACCCACGUAGGUGAGAGGGUAACCCAGGUACGCGAGGAAGCGAAUAAAAAUAUGAAGACCCUCCAGUCUGAGAUGGGGGAACUACGCUCGACCGUAGGGGGGCUGGCCGGGAGAGUAGCCCAAUUAGAGUCCGAUGUGGGACAACUGCGUACUGGGGGAGGGAGAGGGAGCGGACAGGGGACCCGCUACGGAGCCGCCCCCCCUCCCCGGGCAUGUUAUAUGUGCGACCGCCGAGGGCAUCUAGUGAGAGACUGUCCUGAAAUCACCCGAGCUAGGCAGACGCGGGGGUUAAACUCCAACGCCCCCUAGAAAGCGGACCAACUAGGGGUGCAAUCGACGCGGUCCCGAUACAAAUAGACGAUAAUGAGAAUAAUGGCGAGCGAGUGAUCUCCACACAGGUUCCAGCAACAACGCCCACAGAA